ACCACAAACUGACGGGGAAAGCCGAAGAAGCCUGUGAAUCUUCACAGUGCGCCAAUGACAAGAUAGUAGAUGCGACACUCCAAAUGAGUUAUACCAGACCACAGUCACAUCAGCAAGACUGACUACAGACCAACCAAAGAUAUUACGUUAUUUUCAAUAACAUACCAGCGAUCGGUCUUGGGUCAGUGUCAUUGAUGUAAUAGAGGCAUUUGGCUGCGUUGUAACAACUUGACCAUAGCUGUAUCGCAAAAAUGAACAUUCUUGUACCGUUUCUUGUUUUACUGAGCGUGCUGAGUGGGAUUGCGAGGGGGUCGUCACCCACAGCAUCAUUUGCAUGGAACUCAUCAUCAUCUCUCGGGAAGGAUGACUAUGCGACCACAGUGUGGACUACUCCCGAGAUAAGAUUACCACCCCUUGAGGCUCGGUUGGUGAAUGGACCAGACAAUACCACUGGUCGCGUUGAGGUGCAUUACAAUGGAACUUGGGGCACCGUAUGUGACGACGGCUGGGAUUUGAACGACGCCCAUGUCGUCUGCAGAAUGGUGGGCUUCUACAGGGCCUCCUCCGCACCAGUUAUGGCCCGUUACGGCCCAGGAUCCGGGGUCAUUCUCCUCGACGAAGUCUGGUGUCGUGGGUCUGAGAACAGCCUUGAAGAAUGUAGCAAGAAUGACUACGGAGUUCAUAACUGUGUCCAUUCGGAAGAUGCAGGGGCGAUAUGUGAAACUACCGAAGAAGAGGACGAUGUGACCUGGAGUUGGAGCGCAAUCGAAAUAGAUUGGCCAGUGUACCAACCAGAAAUUUGGAUUCCAUCUACAAGAAGCUCAGAGCGCUAUCUUGAGGCUCGGCUGGUGGGACCUAACGAUUCUUCGGGUCGCGUUGAGAUACUAUACAACGGCACCUGGGGAACCGUAUGCGACGAUGGCUGGGAUCUGAACGACGCCCAUGUCGUCUGCAGAAUGUUGGGGUUCCCCAAGGCAUCAUCAGCACCGGUUAUGGCCACAUACGGCGAAGGAACAGUAGAUAUCCUCCUGGAUGAUGUUCAGUGUUCUGGCUCUGAGUACAGCCUUGAGGAUUGCAGGAAGAAGAAAUAUUGGGUUCAUAACUGUGAGCAUAAAGAGGACGCUGGCAUCGUCUGUACAGAGCCUGUCCCUCUUCAGGUCCGUCUAGCCAAUGGUCCUAAUAACAACAUUGGAAGGGUCGAGGUGAUGAUGAACCAGGGACACUGGGGUACCGUCUGCGACGAUUUCUGGGAUCCACAAGACGCUAAUGUGGUAUGCAGGAUGCUUGGAUUCUUCGGUGCUGCAUAUGCACCCGUGAGGGCUACUUACGGCGAAGGACAAGGGGAUAUCUUGCUCCAGAAUGUGGAUUGCAUGGGGACAGAGCACAAGCUGGAAACAUGUUUCUACGAUACACCACAGCUUUAUGAUUGUGCUCAUGAUGAAGAUGCCAGUGCGGCCUGUUUGGAUUUCAUUUCAGGGUUCGAUUUGAGCUUGGACUCAUCUUUAAAUGGAACUCUCAGUCUGCAGUGUCCUGACAUAGAAUCAUCCACGGAUAAAGGUCGUGAUACAUCUUCUAACGUGACCAUCCGCCCUGUCGUACAUCACGGUGGAAACGAUAACGUAUCGGUGGGAUGUACCUACACCUCGCAACAUGCAUUCGUCUUUGGAGACACGUGGGUUGCGUGUGCGGUACGAGAUGAUGUUGGGAACUAUGCGACUUGUAAUUUCACCGUCACCAUCAGAGAUGAUGACCCGCCUCAACUGGAUUGCCCCGAGUUUAUAAACGCUACUACAGAUCGUGGUAGUCGUUACGCUUCCAAUGUCAUAAUCGAUCCACGUGUUUCCGAUAAUACUGAUCCGAACCCGUCUGUGUCCUGCUCUCCUGGUUCUCCAUUUCCUUAUGGAAAUCAUUCUGUAACAUGUGCGGCGACUGACCUAUUGGGAAACAACGCCACGUGUUCUAUCACGGUUUCAGUAACAGACAAAGACCCUCCUCAGAUUACCUGCGCUGACCGACAGGUCGUCCUUGAUGCAGAGGAUCCUUCAAAUUUCAUUCCAGAUGUGACAGACAACAUAGAUCGAAUCCCAUCCAUUGAAUGCUUUCCGGGUUAUUUUGAUGAAUUGCCUCUCGGCGGCGAUCCUACCAUCAGAUGCAACGCGUCUGAUUCUGAAGGAAACACUGCUACGUGCAAUUUCACUCUUACUGUACAAGACCCUUGCACAGCCCGACCGUGCGUCAAUGGAGACUGUACCUAUUUAGGAUCAGGGAACUACCAAUGUAGCUGCUUUCAAGGUUACGAAGGAACCCAUUGUGACGUCAUUCAUAAACCAAAGCUUCCCGUUGAAGUGAACACGCGUCCCCAGAAUAAGAAGGUUCAGAUCAACAGCCCCGUCGCUUUGACAUGCAGCUUUAACAAUGCUGCAUCCUAUGAAUGGUAUAAAGAUGACAGCCCCUUGCCCAACAUGGCAGAUAAAACUACUCUUCGUAUCCAAUCUGUAAAUACGAGUCAUAUUGGAUACUACUUUUGCAGAGGAUAUGGUGAUGAGCGGUCAUCCUCUAUAGACACGGAGACAGCUUCUAUUUACAUCGAAGGUUUGGUCACAAUAAAAGUUUCCAAAUUGAGAUUCCAUCUUGAUGGAAUUUCUUCUUCGCAGACACCAUCAACCAUUCGCGACUUCGUAAUUGAUAGUCUAAAGAAUCGUACCAACGAGCUUCGUCUUACAUCCUACGAAGAUCUGUCACCGGAAGUCAUUUGCAACCCCAGCUCUUUCAACCAACAAGGGACUGAUGUAGUUAAUGCUGAAGUCACUGUGUACAUGAAGAAUACCACCAGCCUGACUGCCGUGCAAGAAAGAGACCUUGUUACGAACGCUCUCACAAAAGCAGCUAGCAUCUCAAACGGUUUCUUGGAUGUCAGCAGUAUGGACACAGAAAACACCGGUGAGCAGCUUUUUCUGAUUUUCAUGUAAUCCUUUCUUAUGGAAAAUAAUGAUUCUUAGCAUGUAUAAUCUUACCUAAAAAAUCUCAGGAAUAUACAGUAGGAAACUUCAGUCCAAUCUCAAAAUCCAAGGUAAGUUAUUCAUAGCCAUAUGCCGGUCCCGCUGCUGCCGAUCCCGUUUGAUGCAGAGUGAAUU